GGAGAGGUAAAAGUGAGUCUCACAAUCUACCGGAAUUAGUAAUCUAUCGAACGCGGCGCCGCGGUGACUUCAACGCGCGGGUAGAAAAGUUGCCGGUCUCCGAGACUCGUAUUGUUUUUUGCGGAUCGGUUCUGUUCCGAAUUGUCGUGUGUGAGUGUCCGACGGUUUACUUCCGUCGAUUUCAUGCUUCGUUUUUUCCCAAUUUCGGAAAGACGAGUGAGCCUGGAGAGCUGAAAGGCUGAAACCUUUGGAUAACCUAAUUUUUGAGCAAGAUGAACGAGAUGCAGCCUGGCAUAGUGGAGUGGUACGAUGGGCGCUCCAUUCUUGUGACUGGAGCCACGGGGUUUAUGGGCAAAGUUUUGCUCGAAAAGUUGCUGAGAGCAUGUCCAGGAGUGAAAAAAAUUUACACUAUUGGAAGAGCAAAGAGAGGAUUUUCUCCCACCGCACGUAUGAACGAAAUGUUUAAACUUCCGCUGUUUGAUAAGUUGCGGAAAGAAAAUCCGAUGGCCUUCAAGAAAAUCGUCGCUUUUGAAGGUGACCUGACGUUACCAAAUUUAGGACUUAAAUCAGAAGACAAGAAGGUGCUAAUAGAAAAUGUUUCCGUAGUUUUCAAUGGUGCUGCUUCCUUGAGGCUCGAGGCAGGUCUGAAGGAUGCCAUCAACAGUAACACUUUGGGGACUCAGAAGAUUCUUGAGCUUUGUCGAGAAAUGAAACAGCUGAAGGCAUUCGUCCACUUGUCGACGGCCUUCUGCCAUUGUGAAUACGAAGUUUUAGAAGAGCAAGUGUAUCCCUCUCCAGCGAAUCCAGAGGACGUCAUCAGAGCGGUCCAAUGGAUGGAUGAGCAGUGCUUAGAUGUUAUACAAUCCAA